AUGGAUUCUCUUCCUUUCAUUACUCUUUUCUACUUAUUCCUUUCAUUUCUUCCCCUAUUAUCUUCUUCUACAUUACUCUUUCAGGGAUUCAACUGGGAAUCAAGUAGCAAAGGAGGAUGGUACAACUCUUUGAAGAACACUAUUCCUGACUUAGCGAAUGCCGGAAUCACACAUGUUUGGCUCCCUCCUCCUUCUCAAAGUGUUGGACCUCAAGGGUAUCUUCCUGGAAGGCUAUACGAUCUUGAUGCAUCGAAAUAUGGAACAAAAGAUGAACUGAAGUCACUGAUUGCCGCUCUCAACGAUAAAGGAAUCAAGUCUGUAGCUGACAUAGUCAUCAACCAUAGAACUGCAGAGAGCAAAGAUGAUAGAGGAAUUUAUUGCAUCUUCGAAGGUGGAACUCCAGAUUCAAAGCUUGAUUGGGGUCCAUCUUUCAUUUGCAAAGGCGACACCACUUAUUCGGAUGGUAAAGGAAAUGACGAUACCGGCGAGGACUAUCAAGCUGCACCUGACAUUGAUCAUCUCAAUCCACAAGUACAAAAAGAGUUAUCCGAAUGGAUGAACUGGCUCAAAACCGAAAUCGGAUUUUCCGGUUGGAGAUUCGAUUUCGUCAAAGGCUAUGCUCCUAGUAUAACCAAAAUUUACGUGGAGCAAACUAAACCAGAUUUUGCAGUUGGAGAGUAUUUUAACUCACUUUCUAACGGUAAUGACGGGAAGAUUAACUAUAAUCAAGAUGCUGCUAGAGGUGAACUUGCUAACUGGGUUGACGGUGCUGGAGGCGGUGUUGUUAGCGCAUUUGAUUUCACCACCAAAGGAAUUCUUCAAGCUGCUGUACAAGGAGAACUAUGGAGGUUGAAAGACUCAAACGGCAAACCACCUGGAUUGAUCGGAAUAAAACCAGAAAACAGUGUAACAUUUAUCGAUAACCAUGAUACAGGUUCAACUCAGAAACUUUGGCCAUUUCCUUCUGAUAAAGUAAUUCAGGGUUAUGCGUAUAUUCUAACACAUCCCGGAACACCAUCAAUAUUCUAUGAUCAUUUCAUUGAUUGGGGUUUGAAGGAUGAGAUAACGAAAUUGGCUGCAAUUAGACAGAAGAAUGGGAUAAACGAGAAGAGCAGUGUCAACAUUCUAGCUGCUGAUGCUGACGUUUAUGUAGCAAAGAUAGAUGACAAGGUUAUUGUGAAGAUAGGACCAAAAACGGACAUUGGAAAUCUUGUUCCAUCAAAUUUCCAAGUUGUUGCUUCUGGCAAAGACUAUGCUGUUUGGAGUGGAUAA